UCGGCGGCCGGGUUGGCAGUGGCAGCGUUCGUGUGCUUGGGUGUGAAUCGUCGAGGGAGGAGGCGGUGGAGGAAGAGGUGGCGGCGGUGGCGGUGGUCGUAGCGGUGGCGGAGGAGGCGGGUACGAAUCAGCUGCGGGCGGAGACAUGGCCAACAUCGCGGUGCAGCGAAUCAAGCGGGAGUUCAAGGAGGUGCUGAAGAGCGAGGAGACGAGCAAAAACCAAAUUAAAGUAGAUCUUGUAGAUGAGAAUUUUACAGAAUUAAGAGGAGAAAUAGCAGGACCUCCAGACACACCAUAUGAAGGAGGAAGAUACCAACUAGAGAUAAAAAUACCAGAAACAUAUCCAUUUAACCCCCCUAAGGUCCGGUUUAUCACUAAAAUAUGGCAUCCUAAUAUUAGUUCCGUCACAGGGGCUAUUUGUUUGGAUAUCCUGAAAGAUCAAUGGGCAGCAGCAAUGACUCUCCGCACGGUAUUAUUGUCAUUGCAAGCACUACUGGCAGCUGCAGAACCAGAUGACCCACAAGAUGCAGUAGUAGCAAAUCAGUACAAACAAAAUCCUGAAAUGUUCAAACAGACAGCUCGACUUUGGGCACAUGUGUAUGCUGGAGCACCAGUUUCUAGUCCAGAAUACACCAAAAAAAUAGAAAACCUAUGUGCUAUGGGCUUUGAUAGGAAUGCAGUAAUAGUGGCCUUGUCUUCAAAAUCCUGGGAUGUAGAGACUGCAACAGAACUGCUUCUGAGUAACUGAGGCAUAGAGAGCUGCUGAUAUAAUCAAGCUUGCCCCUUCUUGAGGAGCAUCAACAUCUGUUAUUUUUAGGAUUCUGCAUAGAUUUCUUUUAACUGGCAUUCUUGCCUAAUGAUGUUACCUAGGCACCAUUGGAGACUGAAAAAAAAAAAUACUGCUCUGUAAAUAAAGCUAAUUAAACAUCUGUGUAAAUUUAAAAAGGGGAAAUACUUUAAUUUUUUUUUCUUACUUAAUAGUGUAAAAAUUCCUUGCUAAGCUAAAACCAUGGAAAAAACAUGCUACUUUAGUGUUUAGCAGUGUACCAAGACUAGCAAGAGUUUGCUUCAGGAUUUCAUUGAAUAAUUAGGAUAAUGUUUUGAGUGUGUCAGGACCAUUCAUAUUGUUGGUGUUGCAUCACAGCUACCUUAACUGUUUUUAACAUGGAUCCUCUGUGCCUGUGAAUUUACUUGCAUGCUUGUAUACUUGACUUCUUAGGAAGGGUAGCUGAAAAGACCACCAUUUUAAGCAUUUGAUAAUUCUCAAAUGAGAUUUAUCCAGAAUUGAAGAUGGUGACCUGUUCAGAGCCUUUUAGUCCUUGUCAACAGACUGGGACACCAUGUGUAUUUUUCCCCUCUUAUCACACAUAGCUAAUAUUCUAAUAGUAAAUUUCUCUAUAUUUGGUGGGAAAAUGUGCCAAGGGACCGUAUCCCUUGCUCCAUUUUUCGGUUGGCCAUUUGGAAUGUUUUGUCACAGCUUUUCACUCUUAGAGCUUUCCUAAUUAAGCAAGUAAAAAUGGAGCUGCCAAUUUUGUUUCUUUUGCAAAAACAGUAAAUAUUUGAUGUUGCAGUAUUCCCAAGACUUAAUGACAGAACCCAACUUAAUUUUUCAGUGAAUUUGACAUCUUUCUAUUUUUAAACUGAUGAAAUUUUUCUUUGAGAACUUGCAAGGGUGAAAUCAUCUGUUAGCAGUUUUUUUUAAGACUGAUUUUGCCUUUAUGGUGAUUGCUUUAUCAUAUACUUUGAAAGUCACUCUUGCUUGCAUUUCCCCCUAUUGACCCAUGAAAGCUGUGUUGGUGUUUUACUGUACAUACUCCAGAUGCACAUAGGGAUAGAUGUGUGUUAUAAAUCUAGCUUUCUUUAUGAUGUUUCUGAUAAUAUGAGAAUUGAAAACUUAACCUUCUCUUGUACAUAGUCAGACUUUCUAUUCGUAUUAAAGUUACAUUUCAUUUUAAGUUCAAAAGUUUGAAACUUCCUAGUUUUGCAAGCUCAAACACUAAUGUGACCAUUUUACUAAAGUUGAGAUGGGCUUAUGCAGGCAGUUUCUAUACAUAGAAAUACAGUUCUUAUAAAUUUUCAAGACCAAUGCAAAAAUAACAAAAAUGUAAUGGGAUCAGAAUGAAUUAAAGUAAGGUGUAUAUUCAAAGUCA